CAUUUUCAUUCGCUCGCACGUCAAGUGAACGCGGCGAGUAGUAAGACGAGGCCAUCGUGUUGCGCUGCCGAGCGACCGAUUGAUUCGUCCAAGUUCGGCUCGGACGAAGUGAAAUCGGUUCCCGGUACCACGAUCGAGCUAUCGGGCUCUCGAAAGGCCGUCAGGCUAUUGGAACGUUUGGUGGGAGCGCGUGAUUGCUCGUUCCGCACGGAUUUCCCGAAACACCCCCAAAACGGCAACCCGUCGUCGUUGUGGUGUUGCCGGGGCCCCGCCGUUAGCCGCGAGAGAUCGCGAGAAGGGAGCUUGGCAGAAUCGGCGGGGCGAUCGCCCAGAGGAUCGGCGUCCUCGUGCGCGACCGGCUCCACCACCACCACCUACGCCGCUUACUGGCGGCCAAGUGAAAUGGAGGAGAAGUCCUCGGCUCGGUUCUCCGAGUAUCUGUUCGCCAAGAUGGAUGGCCAGGACGUGUCGGCCUCUCAGGGUCCCCGUAAGGUGACCGCCGACACCAGGAAAUUCAUGCGGGAGAAUCUACUUCUCAUAGUUACCCUUUCCGGUGUCCUGUUCGGCGUGAUUCUCGGGUUCGGUUUACGACCCUUGGGCCUGGGCGAUGACGCAGUUAUGUUAAUCAGUUAUCCUGGAGAGCUCUUCAUGAGGUUGUUAAAGUUAAUGAUCUUACCGCUGGUGAUUGCCAGCCUCAUAUCAGGCUCGGCAAGCUUGAACGCAAGAAUGAACGGAAUGAUCGCCGUCCGAACGUUGGUGUACUUUAUACUAUCGUCGUUGUUGAACGCUGUCCUUGGUGUUGUCCUGGUUCUACUCAUUCAUCCGGGUAAUCCUGGAAUUAGAAAAUCGAUCCCGACCUCGCACAGCGGGCGAGCUGUUAACAUCUUGGACAGCCUUCUCGAUUUGGGAAGGAAUAUGUUUCCGGAUAAUAUUUUUCAAGCAUCGUUCCAGCAGGUUCACACCGUAUACGUUCCAAAGACGCCGCCUCUUCAAAAUCUGACCGAUUCCAUAUCUUCGGAUGUUCUGGGCGACGAAGAACUGAUGAGAGUAACGCAAUACAGAAGCGGCACGAACACGUUGGGCAUAGUAUUCUUCUGCCUAGUGUUCGGCACAUUCUUGGGUACUCUCGGCGAGAAAGGCCAAAUUGUGAUCGACUUCUUCAAGGCUGUGUUCGAGGUUAUUAUGCGAAUGGUGUCAACUGUAAUGUGGAUGACACCGGUGGGCAUCACCUCCGUAAUCGCCGGGAAAAUACUCGGUGUCGCGGACCUGGCAUUGGUGAUGUCGCAGCUCGCCUGGUUCAUCGUCACGAUCGUGAUCGGUGUGUUUUUCUAUCAGUUGGUGAUCAUGCAGCUGAUCUAUUUGGCCUUCGUGAGAAAGAACCCUUUUAAAUUCUACGCCGGCCUCGCCCAGGGUACUCUCACCGCCUUCGCCAUGGCAUCAACGGCUGCCGCACUUCCGGUCACCUUUCGCCUGAUGACGGACAAGCUCCGGGUCGACCCUAGAGUCACCAGAUUUGUCCUGCCGAUCGGCUGCAACAUUAACAUGGACGGGACGGCGCUGUUCGUCGCCGUUGCCAGCAUCUUCAUCGCGCAGAUGCACGGCAUCGUUCUGGGCUUUGGUGAAAUCAUAACGGUUAUGUAAGCUUCUUUUUCCUCCCCCUUUCUUUUUUUUUUUUUUUUUUUUUUUUUUCCUUUUU